GGAGUUCUAGUGAGAUGACUAUUUAAACCCUUUCCGAAAGACCAGGUGUAUCAGGGUUCAAGACUGAAGAACAAUGCUUCUCCUUCUACUGCUCGUAACCGCUGUCCUGCCUUCUUCUGGUCAGAAUGCCAGUGGAGUGGUCAACAGUGAUGGAGUCUGCGAAUGUUCUGUGAUUUUGCCUGACAACACGUUCCCAGUGCAAAGAAUGGAGUAUUUGGAAAGAACAUCACGGCAACUCAAUAUCAGUGUGCAACAAGAAAUCAACAAGGUGAAACAAUAUGCACAGACUCUCUCAGUCCACACAGCAAAGCUGCUGAACCUGACCCGGCGAGUGGAGAGAAUCGAGACAGGAGGCUCCUACACCCAGCUCGACUUUGAGCUGCUUAAGCUGGAGAUCCAAGAGCUGGUGUCACUCACCAAUCAGCUGAAGGUCACGAUCAAUGGAAGCAACACCAUCAUUGACCAACUUUACAUGGAGAUUGAGAAUAUUUCACGUACAGUCAACAAGCUGGAAUCUUAUGAUAAACUCAAUGUGCUGGCGAUCCGCAGGGAAAUUACAUCCCUGAGAAAACGACUUAGUGACUGUGAAAAGCAUCAAGUCCCAACUCCUCAACCUAUCGACUAUGGGAGCUGCAAUCAUGGUGGCAUACUCAAUGUGACCAAGCCUUUCGUGACACAGCUGAACUGGCUGGGAUUUAGUUAUAAAUUUGGAGGGUGGGGCAAAGACCCCAGUCCCCUUCCCUCUGAAAAGCAGCUGUACUGGGUAGCACCACUCGUCAAUGAACAAAGGCUCGACACGUUUCGGGUCUACUCUUCGUAUGACGAUUUACUGCUCUACAAGAAUCCAAUUGAGAAAACACUGGUGAUUCCAGGACGUUACCCAAACUAUGGAAACACAGGUCAGGGAAGCGGGAUGGUCUUAUACAAUAACACUUUGUAUUAUAACUGUUACAAUACUAGGGACAUGUGCAGGGUUAAUGUAGACACAGGGACUGUGCAGAGAGUGACUCUGGCUGAUGCUGUCUACAAUAAUAGGUUCUCAUAUCAGGGUGUUAAAUUCCAGGACAUGGACUUUGCUGUUGACGAAACUGGCCUGUGGAUCAUUUACUCCACCGAUGAAAAUGCCGGGAACAUGGUUAUCAGUAAAAUUAACACAACAUCCUUCACUGUGGAGAGGACAUGGGUCACGAGACAGUUCAAACCUGGUGUGACCAAUGCCUUUAUGAUCUGUGGGGUGUUGUAUGCGAUUAGACCAGUGAGCACACGGGUGGAGGAGAUUUUCUAUACAUUUGAUACCAGAACUGGUGAGGAAGGUACACUUGCUAUAAAGAUGGAUAAAGUGAUGGAGAUUUUACAGAGUGUCAGCUACAACCCCUCUGAUCACAAGCUGUAUGUUUACAAUGACGGCUACCAGGUGACUUAUGAUGUUGUAUUUAAACCUUACGUACAGCCAUCUAUCGCAGCAUAGAAAAACUGAGGUUGGGAAUCACUGAGGUCUGGGUCUAAAUUUGAGCUUUUAUAACUGAAUCUUGCACUGUAUUUAUGCUCCAACAAAGCUAAUGGUUCUGCAAUUAAAAAUGCUCAAAUUAGAUGGAUUGUGUUAGCCAAAGACUUUCUUUUCUUUCAGGGGAUGUAAGACAAGUAUGGGAGGGGAAUUACUUAUUGCCCACCCUCAUUUGCUCUAAACGGUGGCAGUAAGCUUUAUAUAAGACUUCAAUAACCCUCUGUUGAAGGUGAAAAUCAACUGUACUUGGGCUGUGAAUUCCAGGAAUAAAACACAAAAAUCACUCAGUAGAUCAGUCAGCAUCCAUGGGGAGAACUACAAAGUGGUCAAUCUAGAUGGAGAACCAUUUGUUAAAGCUAGGCUGUGAAUUCCAGGGCUUUGAUCCUGUAACAUUGAAGGAAUGGGAUAUGAUUUGGAGAAAGUAAAUAAAUGGUGGUGUUCCUAUUAACUUAUUUCCCUCAUCUUUUUAAGAGUAUUCAAUGCAUUGAUCCAUUUUAAGCUGUCAGAAUAUAUAGGUACAAAUUUGUACUCAGCCUAGCACAGGUCUAGUACUGAAGAAAAUUAGCUGGUUGACAUGAGAGAUCUUUUUUGGUACUCUAUACUUUUGCUGAAACCUCGCGAGAAUCAAUCGCUUCAUGUCUGGAAAUUCCAGAUAGAUUCAGUUCUAAUGUUUAAUGUAACAAAAUCCUUCUCAGUCUCAGAAUUCCAGAUAGAUAGAUAGAUAGAUACUUUAUUCAUCCCCAAGGGGAAAUUCAACAUUUUUCCAGUGUCCCAUACACUUAUCCAUUUGGCCAAUGAACAGGCAAUUACUUAAUGUUGAAGUUUGGUUACUGGACAGGAACAGAU